GGCACCGUUCCUUCAGUCGCAGCAGGAACAGGCAAUGCUCCUUCGAGGAAUGAAAAACCUAGGAUGGUUGCUCGUAUAGUAUCUGGCUCUGCAGCACCAUCGUCAUCGUCUUCGUCCAGGAGGCCAACCACGGACUCCUCAUCCAAUCAUGGUUCUAGUACAAGAACUUCUUCUACAACGACUUCGUCGACUUACUUCGCCGUUCUCUCUGAAGAUGCCACUCCGUUGCAGGGCUAUAAGACUGACACGCCACCUGUGUGGAAGUUGUCUGUGAUCGAUGCUCGAUAUCGUCGAGGACCGUUGAUGGCUAUAACCCUGCCACCAGUAGGAUCGGAGCACAUGUUUACUGUGCCAUCCAUGCCAAGACUCGGUUGGCUGGAUCGAAGAACGGGCUACUAUGGCUUGAGAU